CUUGUUUUUGAUGUGUAACUGUUACUAACUUUUUUUUUUGUAGCAACGUGAGUGGCCACGGUCUUUGUGGAAUUUUCUCAAAACCGUGAAUUGAGCAUUUCAAACACCCCUGCUGGCUAGUUAGCAAUGUAAUGAACCCAUUUUUCUAAUAACUCGACAAGAUACUUUCCCUCCAGAUACUAAUUUUAACCUGCAGCUAAUUUAAGUCAAGUUUGCUUUUGCAGGGAAGUCUAGCGCUCGACAAGUAUUUUGGCAGAUUGUGUCUGUCAUGGACAAACUCUGACAUCAUUUAUGAGGCUCGAUUUCUUUGUGGAGGGGAUUCGGUUUAGAUUCUGGUCGCUGGUAGCUAUUGGCAGGCGAGGGGUUAACAGACGCCGUGAAACCUGAUGCUAAUUAAGCUGCAGGAAUGCCAUCAUCACACGCAGACGUUGCAGAGUUUGGGAGUCCGCUGCUCAGAGGAGCUCGAGAGGGGCUCUGGCUGGAAGGCGCGUUGUGCAGGAUGCUCCAUUUCAUGUGGAAGAGUCUGAACAAAGAGCCGAGACAAGAAAGUAUAUGACGCAAGAUGUUGAAGUCAUCGCUGCUGUUGCUCCUGGUCCUUUCGUCUGUGCACUCUGACUGGUGCAAGGGGGGCCAUUGCUCCGGUUCUAGCACCGGAGACCCACGACCGUGCACCGGCGACCACUGUCCCUCAGGCAGGUCGAACAGACCGCCGCGUCACGCUCAGCCCGGCAACCGACAUUCCGCGUCAUCCUCGGGAAGCCCUCGUCUGAGGAGCUUCGGCGCGGCCGUCGCACCGGCGUGCACCGAUGCGGACUGCGCAAGGGCGCCCAAGACAAGCAACCAAACGCGGGACUGUAAAGGCUUUGAGUGCCGACUCCCGCUGAGGAUCAUCAGACCCAAAGAGCGCACCAGGGAUGGGGCGCGGAGCUCGCCGCCCUCUCCUGCGGCCGUGCAGCCUCCUCCAGUUCAUCUGGCUGACAGAGCUGCGCAGUUCCUAGGAGAUAUCCCCGAGUUCGGGCCCCCGUCUUCGGAACUCGGUGGUGCCCCUCUGGGGGUCCAGCUCACCUGUGACGUCAAACCAGGAGAAAAUGAAGUCCCCUCAGAGGACGCCCUCAUCCUCCAUCUCCAGCUGGCCAAGGGUCAGGAGAAACUUGUUGAGGCCCUGCGGGCGCAGCAGCUUCUCAUCAGCGAGCUGCAGCAGAAGCUGGCUGACCAGCAGGAGGCGCUGCUGUCGCAGCAGCGCGACGUCUUGACGCAGCAACAUCGUAUGUACGAGCAGAUGGACACGGUCAAGGCCCAGUACGGCCUCCUGACGGACGUGCUCAAGCAGGCGUCCUUCCAGGGCCUCCACGGGGAGCUGCAGAACUACUUCCAGAGUCACCUGGUUGGUCUCCAAAGUCAGGCCCGCGGCCAUAUGCACAACGCCGUCCAUAAGGUGGACACGGACGCUAAGGUGAUGGAUGUAGUGGGCGAAGCUCAUUUCCCCCAACUGCUGAUGGGAUGCGCCGCUGCUUGCCAGCCAGACCACUAUUGUGACUUCCAGAGCGAUCCACCGCAGUGCCACAAGUGCACCGUGUGUCCGCCAGGGUUUUUCCUUAUCUCACAGUGCUCGCCGACCAUGGACACCAUGUGCCAGGACAGAGAUGAAUGUCUCGAACUAGCAAACAUCUGCGGCGAGCGAGUCAAGUGUCUGAACACUCCAGGAGGCUUCCGGUGUCUGGGAGUGUCCCAGAAAGAAGCGGAAACGGGCUUGUGCGGCCACGCCUACUUCUACAAUCAGGAGCUGCAGGAAUGUCAGGCCUGCUCCGACUGCGAAGGCCAUCCCGUCGCCUUCCCCUGCACGGCCGUCACCGACACUGUCUGCGGCUCUCCCCCGGGGGCUCAUCUCUCCGAGUCCUGGAGUGCUAGCAUCACUGUCCCCUUAGCCCAGAAGUCCGGAGGCCACAUCUUCGCCGGGCUUCAGCUCAGCGUGCGAGGCAAGGAACAUAGUGAUAUUCUGUCCAGCGAGGGUGGCCAGGUGACCUUCCGGCAGCACGGACUCCUGUGGCUGGACUACAACUUUGCCAUCAAGCACAGCUGCAGGAAUUUCCUCCAGGUGGGCUUGAGGUUCAACAGUAGCCAGGAGGAGGAGGAUCGGGAGCUGAGCGGGGUACGCGUGGAGCAGCCUGAGGGCAAGUACUUCCAGGGCGUAAGCGUCAGCGGCGGGGUGGAGGUGGAGCCCAAUGACACCGUGAGUCUUCUCCUGAGGAGCCCCAACCAGUACUGCAACCAGAGCACAGACGUUCACGUCUACGACACGGCCGCGCCGAACUUCAGCUUGCUCUGGUUGUCGCACGACACGGGUGCCGUGGCAAUGACCGCCGAGAUGUCCCUGUUAGCGCAAUAUCAGUCCAGCUACUCCCCGACGUUUCGUGCAAGUUCAUUAUCCGACCCUUACAUAAUAGGCUUGACGCACGACAACCGCGGCGUGCGCUUCACGGAGAGCGGCGUGGUCAAGUUCGUCCUCCAGCAGGCGCUCUACGCCAUGGGGCACACUUGCGUCCGCGAGGGUUUCUUCCUGAUCGCCUACACCAGCCGCAACGGCACAGGCCAGGAGGUCAUGCGCGCCUUUAAGACAGGCGUGAACUACAGAGACACCUCCAUCACCUUGGCGGGAGCUGUGGCCGUAGGCGCUGGCGACACGCUCAGCUUUGAGAUCACGACACCGCCGCAGUGCAUCGUCCGCUACUUUGGUGACGGCACCGGGAUCAGCACGCUCAGCCUGGUCUGGCUUCCCUCAGCCGUUGCUUCCACGUUGACCGCCACGGUGGCCAAGCUUGGCCUCCCCUUCGGAGCGGUCCGCAAUAAGCCGCUCUCCUUCCAGCAGAUUUCUCCAAACUCACAGCAGAUCCGCCUGGCCGGUUCCGGCGAACCAAAUGGCCGCAAGAACUUUGUGUUCCUGGAAGAAGGCACCGCUAACGUCGCCCUGAACUUGAGGCUCAUUCACUCAUGUAACGUCGUUAAGGUGACUCUCCACCAAGCCGGCAAUCCAGGUCCUGGGGGGACCGAUCCCGUGGCUCAGCAAGUUUCGGGACACAUGCCGGAAGGCAGUGAGUGGGCCAGCGUGGGCCUGAGGGCCUCCUUCCAUGUCCGCAAUGGCACCGCCGUCUACAUCACUCUGGACUGCAUCCGCGGACGCAUCAACCAGAUCUCGUACGAGGGCGGCACCAGCAUCUCCAUCCUUUGGGUUGCUGUGUGAGCCGGAGCAGACUUUUUUUUUUCCUUUUUGCACAUGGUUGCCUUGGUAUGAUAAGAAUGAUGUUCUAUGACUGUGUAGAAUCUCUGUUAUCCAGGUCCUAGUAAUCCAGAAAACUUAAAUGGGGAUGCGGGGAGGACUGGACUCCUCUUGGUUGUUGGAGAUGUUUCAUCUAAAAAUGCUUCUUCAGUUCUCUGUUGACCAAUUCAUGUUUCCAAGAGAAUUCGCCACCUAAGUUUUGUACACUCAGUUCACUCAUCUAAAAUCAUUGACCUCCCAGCUAUGCCCGGUUGCCACAGGUAAGCCCCAGGGCUCUGUUCUCCGCCCACUCUUAAUUUAAAUCAGUAAAAUCCUUCACAAAUACAACAUCCGCUUUCGCAGCUACGCAGAUGACACAUAACUGGAAAUAAAGAAGACUUUCGGAUUACGGGGGGGUGAAACAUCUUUAUCACCCAACGAGAUUCCUGUUGCCUCCAUUCAACUUGUCCAAAUAAUGUCAUGUUUUUAAAAUGUCGCCUUUGUAUAAUUUACUGUGAAAGUACUGGUUUUGUUUGAGGUACUUCGGCUACUUGAGCGGUGACCAAAUUUUCUUGUGUGUGUGCGCGUGUGUGCGCGUGUGUGUGCGUGUGCGUGUAUUAUUUCCUAUGUGCAUAUGAUUAUCCUUCCAUUCCAGCACAUUUUUCAAAAAUAUUGUUAUUGGUUUUAUGCUGGAUAUAAAACAUUGAUUUACAAUACGACAGUUGAACAAAACAAAAGACGUUAUUGGACGUGUGGUCAUAUUUAUUUUUUAUAUCCGUUGCCGAACAAAGCAUUAAAAGAAUAUGCAAAUGA